CGCCCCCCUCUGGGCUUGCCUCUCCUCCUCCUCCUCCUCCGCUGCCGCCGCGCCUUCCUCCGCGCCGGGGAUGGCACAAGCGGAGCCGCCGCUCCGUCCCGCCCGCCGGAGCAGCCCCGGGCCAGGCGGGGUGCAGUGAAUAAUCUAUUUAAGGAAGACUGGUUCGCUCCCCAAGAAGUCUUCUACUUCAGAGGCGGAUCUUGGAGCAAUCCCUUCAUGUCUCGUGUGCCGGCGCUGCGGUAGACGACUCUGGGCCACCGCCAUGGCCGUGGUUUUACUGGGAGCGGCCCUGCUUAUUGUUCAGCCUCAGGCGGUGUCUUCAAGACCCGCUGUCAGCUCUGAGGGCGACGCUGCAGCACAGCCGGCUCAGAAAGAGCCCUUUAGGAAAAACGACUUCAGAGAAACCAUCUGCCCAAAUGGGACGUUCCAGCAGCUUCCUCAAACGGUCAUCAUCGGGGUCCGGAAAGGUGGAACCAGAGCCCUUCUAGAGAUGCUGAGCCUCCAUCCGGACGUGGCAGCUGCAGAGAGCGAAGUCCAUUUUUUUGACUGGGAGGAGCAUUUCAGGAAUGGAUUGCAGUGGUAUACUAACCAAAUGCCCUUUUCUCAUCCGCACCAGAUAACUGUAGAGAAAACCCCGGCAUAUUUCACCUCUCCCGAAGUGCCUGAAAGAGUGUAUAGCAUGAACAGACUCAUCAAAUUGCUGCUUAUUUUACGAGACCCGACCGAGCGGGUGUUGUCGGACUAUACUCAAGUGUUCUUCAACCACGUGCAGAAGCACAAGUCGUAUCCUUCCAUCGAAGAGCUCCUCGUUAAAGACGGAGAACUCAACGUAAACUACAAGGCCAUCAACCGGAGCUUGUAUUAUGUCCACAUGCAAAAUUGGUUGAAGUAUUUUCCUCUGGAUCACAUUCACAUUGUGGAUGGGGACAAGCUGAUCAAAGACCCCUUUCCGGAAAUUGUGAAGGUGGAAAGGUUUUUGCAGUUGACCCCUCAGAUAAACGCUUCCAACUUUUACUUCAAUAAAACAAAGGGUUUUUACUGCCUGAGGGACAGCGGGAGGGAUCGAUGUUUACACGAGUCGAAGGGGCGAGCACAUCCCAAAGUAGAUCCCGUUUUACUUGAAAAACUGCACAGAUAUUUUCAUGAACCUAAUCAGAGGUUUUUUGAGCUUGUGGGCAGAAUGUUUGACUGGCACUAAAUUUGGUGGUAAGUUCAGGAAGGUUUGGAGGAGCCCACGAUGCGUUUAGGGGAAGAGGGCAUGUAAGCUAUAAUUUAUUUGUAAAAUCCACAAAUUACUUCUGUACAGUAUUAGAGUAAUAAUUUCCAUAUAAACUAGUAAUAUUUUUCUACUUGUUAAAA